AUGUUUCAAAGGUCUGCCGGCGGGGCAGCGCUCUGCUUACGAUGCCGUAUCCGCCCCCGAUAUCACCUGCGACCCCUAGCAUCAAUACCUUCCACCUCGCCCCGAAGAUUCCUCCCAUACACCACUCGCAGCGAAACAGACAACGCAGAGUCACAUGUAACACAGGACGAAAGCCCCAAACCUUCAUCUCGAUCGAAUGGUUUUCAGUGUCGCGUGGAGCCGCUCGAUAUAGAUACCCUUGGUGAUCGCUCCCAUGUGCUCGUGCUUCAAGACCCGAAGCCGAAGCCUGAACCUCUGGUUGAAGAGCAGGCUGGAAAUCAGCAAUUGAGCACUCCAUCCGAAAUCUUGGAGGAGGUGGACAAAGAACUCUAUAAACUGGUGGGAUCGAAGGAGGUAUCGGCCAAUUUCGACCACCUUAGGUCGCUCCACCAGCCCGGAGACAGAUUAUUGCCGAUUGACUGGAACAAGUUCCGGGACGUUAUUCAGCACGGUUUUACAUUACCUCAACUAAAGCAAUAUUACAAUAACAACUGUCUCGAUGAGGUUGACAGUGACACUAGCGAACCUCGGUGGAGGCCUGGAACAUCUCUCUAUUUGGAGCUGAGCAGAAAAGUAAGCGGCAAGGCCCAAAGGCAAAGGUCAAUAAGAAUUAAAAGGUUGAACCGUAUUGAGGGAAAACCUUUGUUCGCGGAAAGGAUUAUGAGGGAUUGCUGGCGACUCUCAUUACGGAACGAAGUUGGCCAAUUGGAUAUGCGAAUUCCUUGGGCUCACAUUUCAACCUUCUUGGUAUCCAGGGCAGAACCGUUCAAGACGCUUGCAGAAACGUACAACGUGAAGAUUGACGUGACGCCGAAUUUGGAUCUUGUCAGGAUAACAGGUAAUGAAUCCGAUUCAUUACAAGCGUCGGCAGCUAUUGAACGGUUGGCAUCUACGAUUCACUCCAAAGAAAUCAAAAUCGCAAAGCGCCAAAUUCUGUUGAUAAAAGAAAAAGACAAAUCUCUUGAGCGGAAGUACCGAAUGGGAUCUUGA